AGGAGAAGAGAGGACACAGAACGAGAGAAGGAAAGAAAAAAAGGGGAAACGGACAAAUAAAGAGAUCCUAUUAUCUAUCCAUCGACCGCACCAGCAGUGACCUCGCGCCCUCCCCAAAGAAGCCUCCGCGAUGUCUUGGUGGAGUCUGUAAAAAAAUUUUUAACCUCCGUGUCGCCAAAGGUGAUACUGGGACAUAGCCCGGGGGGACCCUGCCUCUUUCUUUUAGCAGAAGAAGCCAGAAGCCAUGGAGAUUCGGACAGAAGAAUUAAGGAAGUUCGCUGGGAGGACCUUAGGGCAGUUAAACAGGAUCCUUGAACGGAAACAGGCAGGUGGGGAGACCAUCGAGCUGACUGAAGAGGGCCGGCCUGUUGAGGUGACCGAGAAGCACUUGCCCAUCGUCGACUGCACCUGCUUUGGCCUCCCUCGCCGCUACAUCAUCGCCAUGCUCUGUGGCCUGGGCUUCUGCAUCAGCUUCGGCAUCCGCUGCAACCUGGGCGUGGCCAUCGUCAGCAUGGUCAACAACAACACCGUCUACGAAGGGGACAAACCCGUUGUGAAGAAAGCAGAGUUCAACUGGGAUCCUGAGACAGUGGGCAUGAUUCAUGGGUCCUUCUUCUGGGGUUACAUCGUCACCCAGAUCCCAGGAGGGUUCAUAGCAAAUAAAUUUGCUGCUAACAGGGUUUUUGGCUUUGCCAUUGUGGCGACAUCAACCCUGAACAUGCUCAUUCCAUCGGCCGCAAGGGUCCACUUUGGCUGCGUGAUCUUCGUGCGGAUCCUGCAAGGCCUUGUGGAGGGGGUCACCUACCCAGCAUGCCACGGUAUCUGGAGCAAAUGGGCACCCCCCCUGGAACGCAGCCGCCUGGCGACAACAGCCUUCUGUGGCUCUUACGCGGGGGCUGUGGUGGCCAUGCCUCUCGCUGGGAUCCUAGUGCAGUAUUCCGGGUGGAGCUCGGUAUUCUACGUCUACGGCAGCUUUGGUAUCUUCUGGUAUAUCUUCUGGCUGAUGGUUUCCUACGAGAGUCCUGCGCAGCACCCAACCAUCACCGAGGAAGAGAGGAAAUACAUAGAAGAAAGCAUUGGAGAAAGCGCCAGUCUUAUGAAUCCCCUUGUGAAAUUCAAAGCGCCGUGGCGCAAGUUCUUCACUUCCAUGCCUGUCUACGCCAUUAUUGUGGCCAACUUUUGCCGGAGCUGGACCUUCUAUUUGCUCUUAAUUAGCCAGCCGGCCUAUUUUGAAGAAGUCUUUGGCUUUGAAAUCAGCAAGGUGGGCAUGCUCUCUGCUUUGCCUCACCUGGUCAUGACGAUCAUCGUGCCCAUUGGGGGCCAAAUCGCCGACUACCUGCGGACGCGGAGGAUCAUGUCUACCACAAACGUCCGCAAGAUGAUGAACUGUGGGGGUUUUGGAAUGGAAGCCACACUCCUCUUAGUGGUUGGCUAUUCCCACAGCAAAGGCGUAGCAAUUUCGUUCCUUGUUCUGGCCGUGGGUUUCAGCGGUUUUGCUAUUUCAGGAUUUAACGUGAAUCACUUGGACAUUGCCCCCCGAUAUGCCAGUAUCCUCAUGGGGAUCUCCAAUGGCGUGGGGACUCUGUCAGGGAUGGUGUGUCCACUCAUCGUUGGAGCUAUGACCAAACACAAGACACGGGAGGAGUGGCAAUACGUCUUCCUCAUCGCCUCUCUGGUGCAUUACGGGGGUGUCAUCUUCUAUGGGAUUUUCGCCUCGGGCGAGAAGCAGCCCUGGGCCGAGCCGGAAGAGACCAGCGAGGAGAAGUGCGGCUUCAUCAACGAGGACGAACUGGCCGACGAGGAGGACGAAGCGGCCCGGAUGGCCGCAGGAGGGGGUGGGGGAGGAGGAGGCGGGGGCUACGGCGCUACCAAGAGCACCAGUUUUGCCAAUGGAGGCUGGACGGCUGACUGGGACAAGAAGGAAGAAUACGUCCAGGAGCCUGGCAAAGAUUCCUAUAUGUACGGCACGCCAGGAGAGCGGGACUUAUCAUAGAGAUGCCCCAUCCCUCCUUCCGUGUGGGAUACUGGGGCCUUGGUUCAGUCCUCUGGAGUGGGGGGGGAGAAGGCCUGUGUUUAGGUUGCUUCUCCCCCUCCCCUUUCACUUUACCGCCCUUUCCC